GAAGCGAGGACGUAAAUAUUGUGCGACGAGCUUCACUUGCCGUAAAUAACACUACCGAGCUCCGCUGUGUUUGGGGCAAGUUGGACGACAGAAAACAGUGUUAAACAUGGUAGUUUGUAAUUUUUUCCUUCAGGGCAGGUGUCGAUACGGGGAAAAAUGCUGGAAUGAGCAUCCGAGGGGUGGAGGUCGAGGAGGUGGCGGUCAGCAGCAGCCUAGAGGAGAACAUGGAGGGUUUGGAAACAGAGUUUGGGUCAAUCCCUCCCAACAAAAAGGAGGUUACAUCCAACCUUCCUAUUUCUCCUCCCACGGGAGAAACGACUGGGGUGGAGGAGGAGGUGGCGGCGGCGGCAGCGGUGGAGGAGGUGGAGGGAGACGAGACCAUGUGAAAAGCUCCGAAUUCUCCUUCUCCACUCAGAACCGAUUUGCAUCGCUGGAUACCUCUAAAAGCUUCGUUGACAGGGGAGGAAGAGGAGGAACAGCUGCAGAGGAGGAUGACAGUAAAAAACUGGAGAUGAUCCAGAUGGACAUGGAUGUCUGGGAGAGUUCGGGGCAGUGGGGCUUCUCCUGUUAUUCCAUCGCCAAAGUAUCUUUAUCAGGCUUCACGGAUCUCUCUCCUGAGGAGCUCAGGCUGGAGUACUACUCCAAAAGAGCAUCAGGGGACCUGCAGACUUAUAUAAACGGUGUCAAUCAGUUGCUGAGUCAGCGGAAAAACAGAAUCCAGGAGCUGAAGAGCAUGAAUCCCAGCACGCGAGCUGCACUGCUUGCAGAGUUGAACGGCGCGGGACCUCAGGGGUCUGCAGGAGGCUUCGGGGCCCCCGCUGAGUUUGGAUCUUCUACGCCCGGCUUUGGAGGCAAAGGUUUCGGUUCACCUGCUCCUGCCCAGACCGGCAGCUUUGGCAUUCCUGAAAAGCGCCCAGAAUUUGGGUUGAUAUCGGCGGCGGCCACCCCGGCAGGGUUCGGCAGCCCCUUCGGAUCUCCAUCACAGCCUCCUUCUGGCUUUGGCGCUCCUGCCGGACCUUCAGCUUCGAACUUCUCCUUCGCUCCACCCUCUGACAAACCAGCAGGAGCUCCAGGAUUCGGAUCCGCCUCUGCGUUGGGCUUAUUUCCAGCCGGAUUUGGCGGGAUGGAUGGCGCCGGAGCCACCGCCACCACUGCAGCUGGUGGAAGUAGCGCGUUUCCACAAACGAGCGGAGGAUUUGGGGCGGCUUCAGCCGCUGCAGGAGCUGGAGCUCAGUCGGACAGCCUGUUUUCAUCUGAGAGCCAGCUGACUCAGGAGGAGCUGGAGCAGUUCAAAGCUAAGAGAUUCACUCUUGGUCAGAUUCCUCUCAAGCCCCCCCCAGCAAACCUGUUAGUGCUAUGAUGGGUGGAAGGAAGUCAAUAAAAUGUUUGAAAAGGAACUUUACAGGAAAAGAAGGAUGUGGAGAGGCUUUUAUUUUUUAAUGAAAACUUCCUUUUGUUCUGGACAGUUUUCCUGAAAUCCUCAAUUUUUAUUUUGGUUUUAUGUAUUAUUAUUAUUUUCUUUUUACCAAUUAUGAGCAUCAUAGUGUUUUUUUUUUAAAUCAAGUUCCAGUCCCCCUACUUACUGAUAUACAGUUACAAUCUUAGAAGUCUCUUAAAAAAAAUUUUUCUUUGUAAAAAAACACAAUCCAUCCAUAAGUUGUGUUUUUGUUAGUGGAUUAUUAUUUGUGCUUUAAAAAACCACCUUUUUAAGAGAAGAUUGUCAUUGGACAUAUCGGUCAGUAGGGGGAGUGGGACUUGAUUUAUGUUUAAAACCUAUUUUCUCAAAAUAUAAGAAAAUCAAGAGUUUUUUACACAAGCACAGAAACUAAGACUAAGUGAGACGUUCAGGGUAAGUUUCUUUGUUGGGCUCAGUGACAGCUGGGGUUUGGGUGAAUUCAUCUGGAGCUGAAUGCUCGUCCGGGUCCAAACAUUGUAGGUCGCAGGACAUCAGCUUUGAUCUACAGCGUGCUAUUUAUCCAGGAACCUCCCACCAGCCCGUGCUGGAAGACAUAAUUCAUCUGCAGUGUUUUAUGGAAGUGACGUCUGUGAAAGCUCAAUUUUUUUAUAUUUUCACUACAUUUAAGUCCAUAAAAAAAAUCUCUUUUUCUGCAUUUCAGAUGUUUGUGUUUCUUGGAGUCCAGUUGGAUGUAUAUUUUAUAGAGGACAGAUGUUUUGAAUAUACAAUUCUGUCAUUUGAAAUCAGCAUUGUAGCUUUCGGUGCUGCAGUUUUACAGACUGAGCUGAUUCAGCCCUCUGGAUCACAUGGAGGCCGUUUGUGUGUAGGGACCCUGUAUUUGGAAACCUGUGUCUUAAUGCUCUGUUUGCACUAGAAGCUGGAGCUUAUGGCGGCGGCGGCGCUCUCCUGUGGCUUUCCUUUUCUUCAGGAUGGUUCUGAAUCUGGACUUAUGCGAUCAAAGCUUGCUGCACUCCAGCCUCCUUUCUCCACAGAACAAGGGUUGGUAAUUGGAAGAAUGAAUCCUGAGGAAGAAUUGAUUAUGUCCUGUAGCAGAAGUCAGCCUGUAGGGAAAGCGUGGAUCGAUCCACACGGUGUGAUUCAUGCCGUAUGAGUGGCCGGCUUUGUAAGGGGCUCGGCUGCACAUGUAUGUGUUUCAGCUGCAAACAUGUUUUAUCAGGCGACGCUCUUGAUCUGUUUCUGGGUUCAGAGUGCUGUGGUAAUUUAGAGCAGUCCAACUCCGAUCAUCCUUUUUCAAAGGGAUCCCAGUGGAUUUAUUUGAAUGAUUAGACUGUUUUUAGUCAAAAUAAAAAAACCUGCAUUGUUUUCUAGGACAUAGUUUCUGUAGAGCGGCAGGAGUUCAUGAGAAAUUCCCCUCUUUUUCCCCAACAGUUGGGGUGUGGAGCAACCCCACCCUCCCUUCCCCUCCCUAUGGCUGAGAGCUCUCUGUUUACACUCUCUCCUGCUAGCUUACAGCCCCUCGCAUACCCAAACCUAAUAUUAGCGAUACAAAAAAAAAAA